AUCUUGAAAAUUUCAAAACCAGGACAAGGAGUACAGUUUCAGUCCGACAAGGACAGGGAAUGGUGUUGCUUUGUGGACCACCACCACAUUCUGGAGAACUGAUCUAUGCCUGGAUUUUCAAUGAAUAUCCAACUUUUGUGCACCAGGAUAAUCGCCGCUUCGUUUCUCAAGAGACUGGGAACUUCUACAUAGCUAAAGUAGAGAAAUCUGAUGUAGGGAAUUAUACCUGUGUGGUGACAAACACAGUAACCAAUACCCGAGUGCGAGGGCCUCCUACACCUUUAAUCCUGAGAAACGAUGGAGUGAUGGGUGAAUACGAGCCAAAAAUCGAAGUGCAAUUCCCAGAAACGGUUCCAUCUGCCAAAGGAACAACUGUGAGGCUGGAGUGUUUUGCACUGGGAAACCCAGUUCCUACAAUCAGCUGGAGAAGAACAGAUGGAAAACAAAUCCCCAAAAAAGCUCGGAGACACAAAUCAAGCAGCAUUCUAGAAAUCCCAAACUUUCAACAGGAAGAUGCUGGCAUGUACGAAUGUGUGGCUGAAAAUGUGAGAGGAAAGAACAUGGCCAGAGGCCAACUGAUAUUUUAUGGUACCCAGAUUAUUUAUUUACCUGAUUUUCAUUAUAGCCAAGGCCAAAAUGCG